UGUGCUUUUGCUUGGCAAAUUAGGAAUUAAGCCUUCUGAUUUAUUGGUGGGAGCAUUGGGUUUGUUCAGAGUGGUGGAGAAUUUGUUGGUUACGCCAUUUUCUUGUUCUGCUAGGAGUAAAGAUGCUGCUGCAUCAUGGAGGUGUGUGGUUUUUGCAGUGUUGCGGGCAUAGUAGUUAGAGGUGCGAGGCGAGCCGAGGCGCAAAGGGUCUUUGAAGCCGUGGUGCGAGGCGCGAGGCGAAGGCGCGUGCCUCAUGAAGCUUACAUAUAAAGAAGAAGAAAAAGAGAAGCAGCAGGCAGCAGUCAGCAGCAUGCAGCACGCACAAGCAGGCAGCAGGAAGAAGAAGAAGAAGAAGAAGAAAGAGAAGCACCAGGCAGCAGGCAGCAGGCAGCUGUCAGCAGCACGUAGCAUGCAACAAGCAGGCAGCAGGAAGAAGAAGAAGAAGAAGAAGAAGAAGAAGAAGAAGAACUCGCGAGGGCUCCUGCUGGUUCGAAACGAAGUCGCGAAGGGUUGUGCUUCUUCAAAAUGUCGAAGACAAACUCACGAUCCUGGUUCGAAGCUCGAAGACGAAGUCGUGAAGGCUUCUGGCUGGUUCUAAGGCUCGCAGACAAGCUCACGUUGCUGGUUUGAAGGAUCGCGAAGGCUCCUGUUGGUUCGAAUGUGCAAGACGAACUCACGAAGGGCUUCAAAGGGCUGAGAGGGGCUAGGGCUAUGUUCGUUUGAGUCGAAUGAGGGCUACGGGUCUGGCUGUGGCUAUUUCUCUCCUUUAAAUGACUAAAAAUUCACAAGGCGCGACUCACUGCGCCUGUCGCCCCAGUGCGCCUCGUCUUGCCUAGCGUCGCCUCUUGCAGGUCGCCUCGCCUCACCUGGUUUGAGGCACAAGCCUCUUCGCUUCACUGCGCCUUGCGCCCUGAGGCGCGCUUUUAACUACUGUGGUUGCGGGGAAUAUGGUUGGAACAAAAUGUGUGCAUUUUACAGGGAAAAAGUUGACUUUCCCUUUGUGGUGGGAUAGGAUUUAUUAUUUCUCUUAACUUUUGGUUUUGCUGCUGUUGCUUUAAAGGAGUGAGGUUUUCAGAUAU